AUGAAAAAAUUAUAAAUAGAAGUUAAUUUUCAUAAUCAGAGAAAAUUAGAAAAGUAAAACAAGGAAAAUCAUGUAUAUGCUCCUAACUUCUAAUAUAAUUUUAGAUUCUAAAAAGUUUUUAAAUCCCAACAGCAAAUAGCCUUCGAAUCCUACAAUUUUUAUCAAUACAAAUAAAAAUAUACAUCUAAAAUUUAUAUUAGCCCUAGCAUAAUUCAUGAAAAGCUAAAAGAUUAUGGAGGAAUUUCAUAAUCUAAAAAUUCUUUUUCCCUCCCGGAUCCCAUCUCUUCCCGUUCUUCUAUUACCCAGCGCUUCUUGAAUUCAAAUUUUAUAAUAGGUACCUUAAAUUUUAGAUUGAGCUUUGAGAGUUAUCGUUAUCGUUAUCACCUGAUUAUAAGAGAUUGA